UAAUACUGACCCCUCAACAGCAUUUACCAAUAUUGGAUGCAAAAUUUUAGUAGGCUACUUCUAGCCUAUUGCAGAAGACGAGAAUCCACGCUGACUGCUGAAUUCUGAUCUAUCAAGAGAAGAGCAAUGAAGGUUUUUCAGAGCAUCCUGCUACUCGUCAGCUGCCAGUUCCUUCCCACUCUGGCUUUAAACUGUGUCAUGAUAAGGGGUAACCUGAAGCAGAUAGACGCUGGGUCUGGGUCAGUGGUUGGAGUCAACAAUCGAAAUGAAGCGUUUGUCCUAACUGAUAAUACCUUCAGAAAGAUUGGCAGGUCUCUAAAGCACAUCAGUGUUGGUCCUGCUGGUAUGGUCGGGGUGAAUGCAGCUGACAAAAUCUUCAAGUUGCAGGGUGGCAGCUUUGUGCAGAUUCAAGGCAAUCUCAAACAGGUUGAUGCUGGAGGUGAUCAGAUCAUUUCAGGUACCAAUGUGAAUGAUGACACAUACUGCUUAAAUAUGGAUGAUAACAACCAAUGGUCACCCAGCGCUAUUCCUUGGGUGUCAAUUAAUGGAAAACUGAAGUAUUUCAGCUGUGGCCCGUACAGCUGUUGGGGAGUGAACAGUGCUGACAAAGUCUUCAUCUUGAAGAAUGUGUCUAGUAAUGCAUGUUCCGGGUCCGGCUUUGAGGAUAUUGAUGGAAGUCUGUCCAUGAUUGAAGUAGCAACUGAUGGCAGGGUCUUUGGUGUCAACUAUCGAGGGAUCUUGCACCACAGAACUGGUGUCACUCGAUCCAACCCCACUGGCACAGACUGGGUCUUGAUGGCGUUUGCCUGUCCCAAUGGCCACAAGCAUGUGAGCUUUGACCUGGGAUUUCUGUGGGUCGUCUGUGGUGACGGCUCCAUCCGUAAAUGUACUUUAUAGUCUGUCAUGACUCACUGCCGCAACAGAGGAGCUCAAUCAUUAACCGAAACCGUUUGAUUUCUCUUGAAUCAAUAAACCAUUAUGAUUGCA